CCUUCUCUCUAACUGCUACAGAGUCAGCUAUACGUAUACAGUAUACUAUAUCUAUACUUCUUAUCUCAAAUACGCACACUCACAUGCUUUUCUUGUUUAAUUUUACCGAACAUAAUCAUUAUUUAAUCAUAAAGACCGUAUAAUACUCCGUAAUUUCUUACUUUUUGUAAUUUAUUUAAUACGGGAGUACGAGUUGAGGGCAUAAUUCGUCAGGUUGGUGUGAGGGAAGGAGCGAGACAGAAAUGAAAAACGGUUCUGAAUCACCGGAUAACAAGGAAGAAGUAAAGAUAAAGCCGCCGGAGCAGCAUAAGGACCAGGCCGCAGCCGCAGCCGCGGCGGGGGCAGUUCCGUGGGUGCCGAUGCAGUAUCCGCCGCCUUCUAUGAUAAUGCAGCCCCACCACUUCAUUCCGCCACCUUACCCAGCUCAUUACAUGCCGUUCUACCAAGAUCACCACCACCAGCCAUUCUCUCCGGCGCGACAAACGGGAGGAUCCAAUAGCGAAAACAGAACGAUCUGGGUUGGUGAUCUCCACCAUUGGAUGGACGAGGAUUACCUCCGCAGCUGCUUCGCUUCUAACCGAGAGGUUGCCUCUUUAAAAGUCAUCAGAAACAAACAGACAGGUUUAUCAGAGGGAUAUGGUUUUAUAGAAUUCCUUUCUCAUGCUGCUGCAGAGAAAGUCUUGCAAGCAUAUAGCUGCAUUGUGAUGCCUAACACAGACCAACUUUUCCGUUUGAAUUGGGCUACGUGCAGCACCGGAGAAAAGCAUUCAAACAGUGUGCCCGAUCUUUCCAUAUUUGUAGGAGAUUUAGCUGCUGAUGUUACUGAUACCUUACUACUUGAUACAUUUUCUAGUAAAUACCCCUCUGUUAAAGCUGCUAAAGUGGUGAUUGAUGCCCAUACUGGUCGUUCCAAAGGUUAUGGUUUUGUAAGGUUUGGGGAUGAUAGUGAGAGGUCACAUGCCAUGACCGAAAUGAACGGUGCGUAUUGUUCAAGCAGGCCAAUGCGAAUUGCUGCAGCCACUCCUCGAAAAUCAUCUGGUUAUCAACUGCAACGUGUUCCGCAAGGUGGAUAUGAAAAUGGUUCUCCAGCCCGCGGAUCACAAUCUGAUGAAGAUACUACUAAUACAACAAUAUUUGUGGGAGGUCUUGACCCAAAUGUUGGCGAUGAAGAUCUUAGGCAGCCUUUCUUGCAGUAUGGUGAAGUAGUUUCUGUGAAAAUUCCAGCUGGGAAAGGAUGUGGAUUUGUGCAAUUUGCUAAUAGAAAUGACGCUGUAGAAGCCCUAGAGAAGACGAGAGAUCUCGUGAUCGGGAAGCGGACAGUUCGCCUUUCUUGGGGACGAAAUCCAGUGAGUAGACAAUCAAGACCUGAUUUCGUCAAUAACCCAUGGACUAGUCCAUACUACGGGGGACACUUCUACGGAGGAGGUUACGGAUAUGGUUAUGGUUAUGGUUUCCCUGCAGUACGCCCUGACCCCAGCAUGUACACUUCUACCCCUUAUGCCGCUUAUCCAAUGUACGGUCCCCCCCGACGGCCACGAGUUAUGUGUGGCUUCAUGCUUCCAUUGAAGUAAAUGGUGUGCAAAACCAGGACCAUCGUACGAGGAAGAUGAUUGGCGUCGGGCAUGAAUCUCAAGGCUUGUAUCAUCUUCCUCUUGUUGAUCCAAUUGCUUGUGUCUCCGUUGAACCUGCAUUAACGUUAUAUAACCGUUUGGGUCAUCCUAGCCUCUCAAAGUUCCAACGUAUGGUUCCAGGUUUCUCAAGUCUUUCGUCUUUAGAUUGUGAGUCAUGUCACCUUGGAAAGCAACCUCAUCAAUCCUUUCCAAGGCGUGUUAAUAAACGAGAUGCGUCCCUUUUUUAUUUAGUUCAUGCAGAUGUAUGGGGUCCGUAUCGAGUCAGUUCUACUUUAGGAUUUCGCUAUUUUGUUAUUUUUGUGGACGACUUUUCCCGUUACACAUGGUUGUUUUUAAUGAAAGAACGUUUUGAAUUAUUCCAUAUCUUUCAAACUUUUUGUGCCGAAAUCCACACUCAGUUUGGUCAUUCUAUCAAAAUUUUAUGUAGUGAUAAUGCUAAAGAAUUUUUUGCGGUACCCUUUAAUCACUUCAUGACAUCACGGGGUAUGCUUCAUCAUUCUUCUUGUGUACACACGCCUCAACAAAAUGGGGUAGCUGAACGCAAGAACGGACACUUAGUUGAUACUGCAUGUACUCUGUUAUUACAUUCACAUACACCACCUCAGUAUUGGGCAGACGAUGUACUCACCGCGUGUUAUUUAAUAAAUAGAAUGUCUUCCUUAGUUAUUCAUAAUGAAGUUCCUCAUUCUGUCUUGUUUCCUAGUUAUGAGUUAUUUCCAUUACCACCUCAUGUGUUUGGGUGUGUGUGUUUUGUCCAUGAUUUUACACCUGGGUUAUCUAAAAUGUCA